AUGCACGCAGAGUGUCGACGGAUUGAAUCAGAGAGCGUUGAGAAAUGCGACUGUCAUUUGCGACGUUUUUAUUGUUUUUUGUGGGGCAGCAACUGCUGUGGCGCCACAAGACCGCAGAAUGUGCUGCUGCUGCUCGCUGACGAUGCUGGCUUCGAGAUGGGCGCCUAUCUCAACAAGUACUGCCAGACACCAAACUUGGAUGCGUUGGCAAGCAUGGGAUUGCUGUUCAACAACGCCUUCACCUCGGUGAGCAGUUGCAGUCCGAGUCGGGCACAAUUGCUGACGGGGCAGGCGAGUCACUCGAGUGGCAUGUAUGGACUCCACCAAGGAGUGCACAACUUCAAUGUGCUGCCUGAGAUCAUCUCGCUGCCCAAUGUGCUGCGUCAGCAGAGCAAUGGCAGCAUCUUGAGCGGGAUCAUUGGCAAGAAACACGUUGGUCCCGGGGCCAAUUUCAAAUUCGACUUUGAGCAGACGGAGGAACAGCAUUCAAUCAAUCAGAUUGGUCGUAACAUCACCCGGAUGAAGGAGUAUGCACAUGAGUUUUUGUCUCAAGCCAAGCGAGAGAAUCGACCCUUCUUUUUGACGGUCGCCUUCCAUGAUCCGCAUCGUUGUGGUCACAUUACGCCACAGUUUGGCGAGUUCUGCGAGCGUUGGGGCAGCGGCGAGGAAGGCAUGGGCAGCAUACCGGACUGGAAGCCCAUUUACUACGACUGGCGCAACUUGGAGGUGCCUCCCUGGCUGCCUGACACGGAUGUGGUGAGGCAAGAGCUGGCCGCACAGUAUAUGACCAUUUCCCGCUUGGAUCAGGGCGUUUCCCUGAUGCUCAGGGAAUUGCAGAGAUCUGGUUUGGCAGAGAACACGAUCGUCAUAUACACUUCCGACAACGGGCCACCUUUCCCAGGUGGACGCACCAAUCUUUACGAGCAUGGCAUACGCUCGCCACUCAUUAUUUCGUCGCCGCAGCCGGACGCAAGACGUCAUCAGACAAGUGCCGCCAUGGUAAGUCUGCUGGACAUUUAUCCCACUGUGUUGGAUGCGUUGCAACUGUCGCCAUCGAAUGGAACUCGCUUCAGCGGACAAUCGAUUUUGCCUGUGCUAUUCAAUGAGCCGAAGCCAGAGGAAAACGAUGCGGUGUUUGGCAGCCAGAGCUAUCAUGAGGUGACCAUGGCGUAUCCCAUGCGCAUGGUGCGCAACAGACGCUACAAGCUCAUCCAUAAUCUCAACUAUUGGGCCGACUUUCCCAUAGAUCAGGACUUUUACACAUCACCCACGUUCCAGCAGAUCCUCAAUGCGACCAUCAACAAGCAGGCGUUGCCUUGGUAUCGCACACUUCAGCAGUAUUAUCAGCGACCCGAGUGGGAACUCUAUGACAUCAAGACGGAUCCUUUGGAGCGCUUCAAUUUGGCGGAGAAACCAAAAUACACAGCAACACUGAAGCAGUUGCAGCAGAAGCUAUUCAAGUGGCAGGUGGACACCGAGGAUCCCUGGCGUUGUGCUCCGCAUGCUGUGCUCCAGGCUCAAGGAGUGUUUAAGAAGGAUCCGGUUUGUUUGACAUUGGGACAUGAGGCAAUCCAGAGACCUAAACGUAAAGUGCUCAGCCAGUAUGAGCAAUAUGUGCUCAUCUAAAGAUACUACCUAUCUACCCAUUUUAGACGAUACGAUCAAAGUAUUGUAAUGUACUCAAACUAUUCGAUUAGAUACUCAUUUUUUCCAUUUUUGUACUUUUCACAAUUGAAAUAAAAAGAAACUUUUAUAGCCUGAUUUUUCUUGACAUUA